AUGCAAAACCGCAUUGACCGCCUCGAAGGACUGGUGCUGUCGCUGAUGACCAAUGGCGCGCAGAGUGCGGGGCCUGCAGCAGCGCAGGCCGCCAUUGCUCAGAGCAUGAGCAGCGGCUCGUCGGAACAGCAGUACGAGACGGCUCACAUGGGCAGCGCAAUGAGCAUCGCCGCCCCAGAGUCAAUUCCCGAAGAGGACGCCGAGGACGAGAGCGAGAUGGAGAACGUGACCAAGUCGAUCGGCGUCAUGAAAGUCCACAACAAUGCGACCAUCUUCGCGUCCGAGGCGCAUUGGUACGCCAUAUUGGGAGAGAUCUCCGAAGUCAAAAACUACUUCGCCGAGCACAAGAAGCAGUACGACGACCAGCUGAAGCGGUACAAGGCAAGCCACAGCGACGAGAACCCACCGGGCACCUCCUUCUUGUAUGGACAGCGCAAGAACACAUCCAAAGCCGAGAUCCUCUUACAGUUUCCGCCGAAGCCGACUGCAGACAUCCUCGUGUCGAGAUUCUUCAACACAUACGACCCGGGCAUCCACAUCAUACACGGGCCGACGUUUCAGAAGGAGUACGACAGGCAUUGGCUGAAUCCAGACGAGACGCCCAUCAUCUGGCUUGGUCUGGUCUUCGGCAUGAUGUGCAUAGCACUGCAGUCAUACACGCGAGCGGGAGAUGAGCCGCCUGAGUACCACAACAAGUCAUGGGAAAUGUCCAAGGAGUACCGAGACUUGACGGCGCAGUGUCUGGUCAUGGCAGAUAUCACACAGCCCAUCAGCGGCAUGCUCGAGACGCUUAUUCUGCACGUCCAUGCCGAAUACGCGCGGAGCAGAGACGCCGAAGUUGGCAUCCUCAUCAGCACCGGCAUCAUUGUGCGGCUGGCCAUGAGAAUGGGCCUGCAUCGCGACCCGGGCCCAUAUCCUGGCAUCUCUGUCUACCAGGGAGAGAUGCGCCGUCGAGUGUGGGCAGCCAUUCGCUCCAUCGAUCUGCUCUUCUCGGCACAAGCCGGUCUGCCUCCAAUUGUUCGACCACGAGACACCAACACCGAGAUCCCACGCAACAUCUACGAUGACGAGCUAAUCGAGGAUAUGAAGGCACUGCCGCCAUCGAGGCCAGAAAGCGAAGCCACCCCAGCACUCUUCUUGAUCAACCGAACACGCCUCAUCUACAAGCUUGGAGAAGCUGUCGAAACCACCGAAACCCUGACAUGCGCGACAUACGAAGAGAUCAUGCGACUCGAUGCUGAGGCGCGAGAACUGCACGAGAACAUAUCCCCACAUCUGAAGAUGCGGUCCAUGGACGAGGCGGCAAGGGAUCCGUCGACGCUCAUCAUGCAACGCUUCACAUUGGACUUGCUGUACCUCAAGAUAAUAUGCGUACUGCACAGAAAAUUCCUCGCUUACGCUCGAGUACACUCACGCUUCAGCUAUUCGCGGACGGCUGUCAUUGAUGCUUCCAUGAACCUUCUCCAACACCAAGCAACGCUGCACCGAGAAUGUCAGCCCGGAGGUCGGUUACGCAAUGUCAAAUGGUUCAUCUCGUCCUUGACUACCGUCGACUUCUUGCUCGCUGCCAUGAUCAUCGCAUCAGACCUUUACCACACGAUCCGAUGCCGACGCCAGCCCCGGCCCGAAGAGGCCAACAUGCACCUCUGGAGCUCAGAGAAGAUCGACGAGAUGAUCGAUGCGAUAGAUACUGCGGUGAACAUCUGGGACGGUCUCAAAGACCACUCCAUGGAGGCCUACAAGGCACACACGACGCUCAGUGUGAUGCUGAACCAGCUCAAGGCUGAUCGUCCAACAAGACAGCCUCAGCACAAUGGCUUCCAAGCCGCAACAUCUGUUUUCCCGCAGCCGUCACCCAUGGACGAGUCGAAUGUCGCUCCUGAGCAUUCAGCAGCGAUGACGCUAGGCAUGCUAAGCACAGGCGGCAUGACACCUGGUUCAGCAAACAUGUUCGACCAGCGAUACCCAGCAUCCAUGGCGAACCUUUUGAAUGACCCUAUGCCUCAACCAUCUUCGGGUUUGACGCCGCAGUAUAACGGACAAACCAGUGCUCCAGGCGUUGAGAGUGCUGCCAGUCCGUUCUCGAAUCUCUUCGGUGCGAAUCUUUUCCAGAAUUUGGACCUGCCACCAACCGACAACCUCAAUUGGGAUGCAUGGGAUUCCUACAUCCAAGGUCCGACAGGCGGCAUCGACACGACGCAAAACUUCUUCCCCAUGGAUCUCGGCUCGAUGCCCAUGCAAACAGACCCUAGUGGCCUGCCCAACGAUUUGGCGGCGACCAACGGUCAGGAGACGCGUACAAAUGCGUUUGGUCAAACUGUCUUCAUGGGUGAUGAUCAAAAGGCUGGUACUUCGGGCGCGGGAUAUGCGAUGGGGUACAUGUUGCCGAAGACGAGUUAGUGACGGUGUUCUAGAGACAAUUGGAGGAGAGAAAAAGGUUCUUAUGAUAUACGCUGGAAUGAGCACAUGCAUGUACGAUUGAUAUGCCUUGUCACAUGUCUGCUAAUUUGGGGGCCAAAAAUACGAGCGCAGCGUGAACACUACACGAUACCUUAUUCAACUCAAUCUAUUUAGCCAUGUUAGGCCACAUUUACAUCUCAAUC